AUGAAAAUAGAAAACUCUUUGAGAUCACUCCACUCUCUCUCUCGCGCCUUUCUUCAGCUUGUUCCUGUUCGUCUAUUCGGGACGGGCAGGCAGCCCACAUACAUGAAGAGAAGAAGAGAGGGGGGGGUUACUUGCUUGGUGCUUGCGCUAAGCAAGGCGGUCGAAGAAGGCCACAAGUGGAAGCAACCGAUGCUUUGGUCAUUCAGUUGA